UUUGGUGUGUAUGUGUGUGGGAGGGGGGCAAAUUGGAAAGAUGCACAGCUGAGCAUUUUGGCUAGUUCAAAAGCUGCACUUAUGUUUCCUUUAAGACUUUCAGUCUCUGUUUUCAUUCGGAGAUAGAAACACAUGUGUAUUAUUUAUUUAUUGUUUUUUUUUUAAAUAUAAAAUUAAUUUUAGCACCCGAUUGCGUUUUUAGCCGGUGUAAAAGAGAUGAGCAGCAGUAACAAGAGAGCCCCUGCGACAGCGACACAGAGAUUAAAACAGGAUUACCUGCGAAUAAAGAAAGAUCCUGUUCCGUAUAUAUGUGCAGAACCGCUUCCAUCAAACAUACUGGAAUGGCACUAUCUUGUCCGUGGUCCUGAGAAAACACCCUAUGAAGGCGGGUAUUAUCACGGGAAGCUCAUAUUCCCUAGAGAAUUCCCGUUCAAACCACCAAGCAUAUACAUGAUCACACCCAACGGCAGAUUUAAAUGUAACACAAGAUUAUGUCUCUCCAUUACCGAUUUUCACCCGGACACAUGGAACCCUGCGUGGUCAGUGUCCACCAUCCUCACUGGCCUCCUGAGCUUCAUGGUGGAAAAAGGUCCCACUCUGGGCAGCAUAGAAACGUCUGAAUUUACAAAGAAACAGCUUGCCUCGCAGAGCCUUGCCUUUAACAUUAAGGACAAAGUGUUCUGUGAGCUGUUCCCAGAUGUCGUUGAUGAGAUCAAGCAGAAGCAGCAAUUGCAAGAAGAGCUGAGGUCCCGCUCUCAGGCCCUGCCUCUGCCUGACAUCGUGCUCAACAGCGAGGCCCAGAAAGGACGCCCAGCCGAGAACGGACACGCGCCGGCCGCCGGGGUGGCUCCGCCCCUUGAACUGCAGCAGGGUAACCGCAACAACGGACUCCUUGGAGGAGCGCUCGCGAACCUGUUCGUCAUCGUCGGCUUCGCUGCUUUCGCGUACACGGUCAAAUACGUACUGCGGAGCAUCGCGCAGGAAUAAACACAGACAGGACCCAACCUACUUUUACACCAAAAACAAACCAGGAGACGUCCUCUUCUUUUGUCCUAAUCAAAACCAAACAGGGCUAAUAGUGAGGUAUAGAGGAUAUUUAUAGCUAAUGAUAUGCAUUAUGUCCCGUAUUACAGCAGGAAUUGUUUGCAGAUUCUUGUCCACAUGACUUGAGAACCUUUGUGUGAAAGAUAGCUUGUGUGUGAAAUCAUCCUGCUGUGUGUCGUUGUCAUGUGCCUUUUAUAAUCCUCCUCUUUCUAUUUCACUGAGACAUGAUAUCUAGGCUAUAAACAAGCUCCACUUUUCUUUGGUUACCAAACAGACGAUUUUUCUACUUUUGUGGAACAGCAGCACCAUCAUCACCCGUUAUAUAUAUAUAUAUAUAUAUAUAUAUAUAUA